UGCGCCGGGGCCGCCGGGCCGCCAGGGGGUGCUGUGGCGGCGGAGCCCCUGCCGCUCCCCGCCUCGCUCGCCGUUUCCCCCCUGUCCCGCCCCUUCCGCCUCUUCUGCCGCCGCCAUCGCCGGGACGCCGGGCAGCUUCGCGCCAUGUCGUCUCACAAGACGUUCAAGAUCAAGCGCUUCCUCGCGAAGAAGCAGAAGCAGAACCGGCCUAUUCCGCAAUGGAUUCGCAUGAAAACGGGCAAUAAGAUCAGGUACAACUCCAAAAGGAGACACUGGAGAAGGACCAAACUGGGCUUGUAAGAGAGACUGUCUCCUGGGAACUCUAAUAACACUUGUCUUUCUGCGUCAGAUUGAUACACCUCAUACGCUGUUCGGCGACCCCCGAGUGAUUCCUUCUGUUGUGUUGGACUGCAAUCCCCAAUGUUUGGGUUUUUUUUUAUAAGCUAGUCUGCGUUAUUGAUGUUAUCUGGGAAAAUCUUAAAGUAAUUUGCAUCUGAAACAUGAAGACUGUGUUCUAUUGGUGUUCUUUCUUUCAGGCAUCAUCAUGAGUAUUGACAGUGUACAGGCUUGCUAAUAAAUAUGGACCUGAAUGA